AUGGGCUGCUUUUUCAGUUGUUUAAAGUCAAACUCCCGUUCCAACGUUGGAAAAAAGCACCGGCCAGUACCAACUGCAGUACCUGACCUGGUGCCUUUACCCAACUUCAGUAAUGAAGGAGAUUAUAAUAAUUACAUAAAAUUCGAGCCGUAUUAUUUUGGGAACAUCACUCGUUAUGAAGCCGAGGAACUUUUGAUUUUGCCAGAAACAUUGAAUGGAGCGUUUUUAAUUAGAGAUACUUUCAAUACAAGUCAUAAAUACUCUUUGUCUGGUUAG